GGAAGUUUGGCCGCCGCCGCCGAGAACCGUUUGAGGAGCCGCCGCCCGAGAAGCGGGGAGCCGGGGCCCCGCGGCCGCCAUGGGGAACCGGGGGAUGGAGGACCUGAUCCCGCUGGUGAACAAGCUGCAGGACGCGUUCAGCUCCAUCGGGCAGAGCUGCCACCUGGACCUGCCGCAGAUCGCCGUGGUGGGCGGCCAGAGCGCCGGCAAGAGCUCCGUGCUCGAGAACUUCGUGGGCCGAGACUUUCUUCCCCGUGGGUCUGGAAUUGUCACCCGACGUCCUCUUAUUCUUCAGCUAAUCUUCUCAAAAACAGAAUAUGCAGAGUUUUUGCACUGCAAAUCCAAAAAGUUCACGGAUUUUGACGAGGUUCGGCAGGAGAUCGAAGCAGAGACAGACCGGGUCACAGGAACCAAUAAAGGAAUCUCUCCCGUUCCCAUCAACCUGAGAGUAUAUUCACCACAUGUGCUGAAUCUGACGUUGAUCGACCUUCCGGGUAUCACCAAGGUGCCGGUAGGAGACCAGCCCCAAGAUAUUGAGUACCAGAUCAAGGACAUGAUCUUGCAGUUUAUCAGCCGAGAAAGCAGCCUGAUUCUUGCGGUGACUCCAGCCAACAUGGAUCUGGCGAACUCGGAUGCUCUUAAAAUGGCUAAAGAAGUAGAUCCUCAAGGCCUACGGACAAUUGGAGUGAUCACCAAACUAGACCUGAUGGAUGAGGGCACCGAUGCCAGAGACAUCCUGGAGAACAAACUGCUUCCUUUAAGAAGAGGCUACAUCGGCGUCGUUAACCGGAGCCAGAAGGAUAUAGAAGGCAAGAAGGACAUCAGAGCAGCGCUGGCCGCAGAGCGGAAGUUCUUCCUUUCUCACCCAGCCUACAGGCACAUGGCAGAUCGAAUGGGCACACCUCACUUACAGAAAGUCCUCAACCAGCAACUGACCAACCACAUCCGUGAUACCCUGCCCUCGCUGCGCAGCAAGCUACAGAGCCAGCUGCUCUCCCUGGAGAAGGAAGUGGAGGAAUACAAGAACUUCCGCCCCGACGACCCCACACGGAAAACCAAAGCCUUGCUACAGAUGGUCCAGCAGUUUGGGGUGGACUUUGAGAAGCGAAUUGAAGGCUCAGGAGACCAAGUGGACACACUAGAACUCUCUGGUGGUGCCAGAAUUAAUCGCAUCUUCCACGAGAGAUUCCCCUUCGAGCUGGUGAAGAUGGAAUUUGAUGAAAAGGACUUGAGGCGAGAAAUUAGCUAUGCAAUUAAAAACAUCCACGGCAUAAGGACGGGGCUCUUCACACCUGACAUGGCUUUUGAAGCUAUAGUGAAAAAACAGAUUGUAAAACUCAAAGAGCCCAGUUUGAAGUGUGUUGAUCUGGUGGUCUCAGAGCUGGCCACUGUCAUUAAAAAGUGUGCGGAAAAGCUUGGCUCCUACCCCAGAUUACGAGAGGAGACGGAGAGGAUUGUUACCACUUACAUCAGGGAACGGGAAGGAAAAACAAAGGACCAGAUUCUACUGUUGAUUGACAUUGAGCUCUCCUAUAUCAACACUAACCAUGAAGACUUCAUUGGAUUUGCCAAUGCCCAGCAGAGGAACACGCAGCUGAACAAGAAAAGAGCCAUCCCAAAUCAGGGCUCCUUCCUUCCCUCCGCCAGAAAAUCUGUAAUCCGCAGGGGCUGGCUGACGAUUAACAACAUCAGCAUAAUGAAAGGAGGCUCCAAGGAGUACUGGUUCGUGCUGACUGCAGAGUCUUUGUCCUGGUACAAAGAUGAGGAGGAAAAGGAGAAGAAAUACAUGUUGCCCUUGGAUAAUCUGAAAAUCCGGGACGUGGAGAAGGGCUUCAUGUCUAACAAACACGUCUUUGCCAUCUUCAACACGGAGCAAAGGAAUGUGUAUAAAGAUCUCCGUCAGAUUGAACUGGCCUGUGACUCCCAGGAAGAUGUGGACAGCUGGAAAGCCUCCUUCCUCCGGGCUGGUGUUUAUCCAGAGAAAGACCAAGUGGAGAAUGAGGAUGGGGCCCAAGAGAACACCUUCUCCAUGGACCCGCAGCUGGAGCGCCAGGUGGAGACCAUCCGCAACCUUGUCGACUCCUACGUGGGAAUCAUCAACAAGUCCAUCCGGGACCUCAUGCCAAAGACCAUAAUGCACCUCAUGAUAAACAAUACCAAGGAUUUCAUCCACUCAGAGCUGCUGGCCUACCUGUACUCCUCCGCAGACCAGAACAGCCUGAUGGAGGAGUCGGCCGACCAGGCGCAGAGGAGGGACGACAUGCUGCGGAUGUACCAUGCUCUGAAGGAGGCCUUGCACAUCAUCGGGGACAUCAGCACCAGUACGGUCUCCACGCCGGUCCCGCCGCCCGUGGAUGACGCCUGGCUGCAGAGUGGGAGCAGGUACAGCCCGACGCCCCAGCGCAGACCUACUUCCACCGUGCUGCCGCCAGGCAGGCCCCCAGCUGUGAGGGGCCCAACUCCAGGCCCCCCUUUGAUCCCUGCCCCUGCAGGGAGUCUCUCUUCCUUUGUGGCUCCCCCCAUCCCCUCGCGUCCUGGACCUCAGAACGUAUUUGCUGCUAAUAACGAUCCCUUCUCAGCCCCUCCUCAGAUUCCAUCACGGCCGGCACGCAUUCCGCCUGGCAUUCCCCCGGGCGUGCCCAGCAGAAGACCCCCCGCAGCGCCGAACCGGCCAACCAUUAUCCGACCGGCUGAGCCCUCCUUGCUAGACUAGCCCCCUGGGGGGCUGCUAGUGUCUCCUGUGUGCCUGGUGCGGCUGCCCCACACCUGCUGUCUGGGGCGGGGAGGAAGAGGGGAAAUCCCCCCCUCGUCUCCCAUGUCUAAUUUCUUGUUUAUAAAAACCUUACGACUGUGAUCAGCUCUGCAGAGUGGUUCUAGCCAAGGCCAAUUCCUGUGAGCCUGGUGGACUCCUUCUCUGGGAUGGGCGCAGCAGGCUCCUUCCUUGUAAAUACCAGGGGCAUCUGUUAAGGGCAGUCGCUGUGUUCCUUGUCCUGAUGGCCCUCCCCUCUCCCCACAGCUCUCUGCUCUUUCCCAGCUAGGAAGUGGGUAACUGGCAUUACACUCUGGGGGGUUGGUUCAGGAGAACCACCACCCUCGGAACAAAUGCCCCAGCGCAACUCAGCGCCCCCACCACCGCCACGAUGUAAUAAAAAGCAGAGGAUUCUAUUUUGGGGGUUGACUUUUGCACUUUGUUGAAUAACACACAAUGAACCCCAGCUGGGUUCUUGCCUUGGGAUCGUCUGAAUGUAUGAAGUAGAGAUGGGAGUUCUGAAAGGCAGUUGAAACACUGUCCUAUUUCUCUCUGUGCACAGAAUCUCCUUAAACUCCUGCUAUUCAGGCUGAUCCGAUUUCUGUCUCGGCUCCUCUUCCAUCCCCCCUCAGCCAGCCAGAAUUGUUUUGUAUUGUUAAUAUAUUCUAUAUAAAACACUUAAUGAUUCCCCCCUCCCCGAGGCCCUUCCCUGAACUUGAUUGCUAAUCUGAUCAUAGGCUAUAUUUCAGUUCUAUAGCGUGGAGGAAGAUUUAUAUAUGAGAAAUAAUGGGACUGCAGAUAGUGAUUUGCUAAUUCAAUCCUAAUUCACUGCAAAUGGGAGCAGACUCUUCAGGUUAGCCCUUUGUCAGGAGGUGCUUGGCUGAUUGUGAACCUCAGGUAUUCCUCACGCAAUAUCUGCCCCUGUGCCCAGGCCCCCAGUUGGGGCUUACGUUCAGCUAGGAAGUGACAAACUUGGAUUGUGUUCUGUGAAAGAAGCACUUAGCCGAAGGGCCCUGGGCUGAUGAGCCUCCGCAAACCCAAUCGGAUGAGCAAAAUACCAAGCCAGGUGGGGCCUCAAAUGGGCAUAAAGGAGACCUGCAGAGCGCCAAAGCAGCAGGGGGGGUUCUGUGUCAGGAGCAACUUCUGUCACCAGCUGGUUGCUUUGCUCAUUCUCCACUUGGUCAGGGUCCUAGGCCAGCUGGAGCAGCAGAGGGUCUCGUAACCGAAAGCCAGGGCUUGGACAGCUGGGGGCAGGCUUGAGGGCUAGCGCAGGCUGUGGACAAAGGCCUGUCUGGAGCCUUUCUAGGAACAAAACUCCCAGGAGCUCCACGGCUAAUGUCCACGGAAGACCAGAUGUGUUUUCCCUCCUGCUGGUGGGCAGCCCGGGUUGUAACAGGCCCUGGUGUCUAAAAGCUCAGGUGGAGAACGUGUGACUCCUGUCGGAUGGGGGAAGGGAGGUUGUGAUGCCCACAGGGAUCUAUCCCAGGAGAGAGAGGCUGUACUGCACCGUGGGCAUGUGACUCUUCACUGGGGAGGAAGCUGAGGGAGUGCGUUUAGCAACUAGAAACUUGCUGUGGAAGGCUUUGGCGUAGUAUCCGUUCUGUGCCUCUCCACGCACCUCCCCUUCCCUCGAGCUGCGCUUGAGAGCGGUGCCUUCUCAGGUACCUUGGCAAAGCACUCCGCCCCGGGGCCGGAAGCAGAGGCUGUGCGUGCGUGUGUGUGUGUAUAUAUAUAAAUAUCUAUUUUUAAAGACUAUUAAUUGUAAAUUCUUGAGGUGUUUGGGUUUUUUUUAAAUCCAGUUCAAGCCCAACCCUCUACUCUCUGACAACCUGUAGGGCUGAUACUUUGCCCAACAACAUCCUCUAGCCAGAGAACUAUGGAAAAGAUCCAUGAACCAUCCUGCCUUAAAUAACCUUUGUUUCAAAGAGCCUGUCUUCAUCAUGGCCUCUCCCCUUCCUGUGUGGUGGGAGGGGACCCGAAGUGCUUCCUGGCGUUGGCAUUUGAACCUUAGUGCAGGCGCUGGUAACCAAAAGCAUUAACACUUGUGUGGAGACGGCACGGGGCGGACUGGGAGCUGACACGGCCCAGGCAGCCAUGCUGCCGGCUUCACAAAGCCAACUUGCAAACCAAAAACCUGCCUAGCACGUUGCUGGCCAUUAAAACUUGGCUCCAGCCUGGGGCAGCCCGGCCUGCUGCUUGUCUUCAACACUGUAACAAGUUCUGAGUGACUGCAGGGCUAUUUCCUUGCACUAGCAGCAGCUGUUGUGCAACGCAGGCCUUACCCCGCUCCCAGCGGUGCUCUGGCCAUUCGAGCUGCCUGCGCAGGGGUUCUUGAGGUCCCUUGGCUUGUCUGUUUUUUACAAAAUCCAAUUGCCUCUGUUCCGCCUCCUGCUAGCUCUCCCUGAUGUUCUCGUGUGUGGAGUGGGCUCUGGAACCUCUCUCUCAUCUCGUGUUGAUUACAAACCCCAGUCCACUUCUCUCCUGUUCCUUCAGUUUGCUGAUUGUGUAAGUGCCUCCACUCUGUAUCCUAUUAAUAAACUAAAAAAUAAAGGGAAAAAAAUCAA